GGCGUUGCAGGUCUGGAGACCUUCAUCUCCAUUGCCAAGACGCUGCCGUCACCCGGAAUCUAUGACGUCGUGGAGGGGUACGUGAAAAUUUCCAUGGAGUGUGCGGAGAUAUUCAAACUUCUGGAUGGAGAAAGGAAGCCCGAAAGUGAAAUGCUAUUAAUCUUUCAAGCUCUAGAGGCCAUUUUACUGAGGACAGCCAGUGACCUCUCCCAUUUUUCUGUUGUGGGAAUGAACAUAGUCAAAAAGUUGAUUCAUUCCUACAUGAGAUUGGUCUAUGCUGCUUUGUAUUCGGAAAAUCACAGGAUGAGCCGAAUGUGCCUUACCCUGUUGUCAGCAAUGGUGGCUCAGGGGCCAGAUUCAGCAAGGGAUGUGUAUAGCCAUUUUGAUUUCAAUAAUAAGUUUCUGCCUGGAUUAUUGAAAAAAAGAUGUAAGAAGGGCAGACCUGAUGUCCGCAUGGCCUAUAUUCAGUUUGCUCUCUCCUUUUUAAUUGCUGGUGACAAUGCAAUCUUGACACAGGUGCUGGAAUUAAAAGAUUUCAUUCCAGAUAUUCUUCGCUCUGAAAUGAAGGAAGAUAAAGUUUCUACUGUCAAUCUUCUACUUUCCACACUGAGAACUAAGGUGGUUCAAAAUAAAAAUAUCACCAAGACCCAGAAAGUGCGCUUUUUUACUGCAGAAGUGUUGAUUCACAUUGCUUCACUUUACCGGUGGAAUGGGAUUACUGAUGUCAGCCCUGGGGAUUUAAAGGUGACUAAAGGUUCUGAAGAUGUGGGAAAGAUGAUGGUACGGGAACUUGUUCAUAAUUUCUUAAUGGACCUCUGCUGCUCUCUGAAACAUGGCAUAACUUUCUAUGAUCCAAGUCUUGGAACUUCUGGCAAGGGAGGAAAUGUGGUGCUUCUGCGCUUUCUGCUUGGUUUAAAAACUGCAACAGAAGAUGAAAUGGUUGCUGAUCUCCUGGUGAAUAUUCUUAAAGUGUGCCCAGAUUUGUUGAACAGAUACUUUAAGGAGACCCAAUAUUCCUUUGUUCCUAGACUGAAGUCAGCUUGGAUGGACAAUAUGAAGUUACUCAAAAAAAUCUAUGAGGCUCAACCAGAGAUUUCCAGUUCUUUUAAGACUCCAGAGUUUAUUCCUCUUCCCAGGUUGCUUUCUAUGGUGAUGAUAACAACAGUCCCUGCAGUGUGCAAUAAAAUAAUGUUCACCCAAGGACUAAAUUUACCCAGCCCAGUAGUGAAGCACAGCAUACUGUCACUUGUAUCAAUGAUUCUGAGAAGAGCCUUGAAGAAUAUUGAGUACUGUUUGAGUGAAGAAACUUGGCAAAAGUCAGAAAUCUACACGCUGUCAAUGAUGCAAGAAUUCGUGCAGCUGUACAGAGAAGCCAUCAGCAAGCUUUUACCAGACAUGAACACUAUAGUGGCUGUCUGGCAGUCCCUUCUGAAGCAAGGGAGAGAACAGCAUGAUGGCCAAGAGGAGAAAAGGGAAAGUGAUAUCUCCACUGUGAAGACAGCGACUGAGGCAGCAGAAGCUGCUGAACAGCAUGGUUCAGAUGAUGCUGAGACACUGUUCCUGAAAGCUGCACUGCUUCAGGUCAUAUGCCUUUAUCAGAAAGUUGUGCCCCACUUGGUAGCACGGAGCAACUUUGAUUUUAGCAAGCUGCUAAAAGGUAUCGUCACUGAAAAGGGCCUCCGAGAGGAGGUCCCUCCUGUUCUGCAGCACCAUAUACUGAAAGUGGCUUUGGAACUUCCUGCAAACAAAUUUGCUUGGUUCAGAGUACAGGAUGUUUCUGAGACAGAGAAGGUAUCUGGUGAAAAAUCUGUGUUCUAUUUACUGAUGAAAAUGUAUGUUACAAGUAACCAUUCUCAUCUGAAAAUUUCAACCAAAAAAUUGAUCAUCAAGGUUUUACGUGACAGUGGAGUGUUUGAGUAUACAUGGAAGGAACUUUCAGUUUGGCUGGAACACUUGGAUAAUACAAAAGAAGACAAAAAGGAAGCAGUGAUUCAAUUUUUGGAAAGGAUCCUGUUGAAACUGGUGACAAACCCCUAUCCAUACACAGAUAAAGCAGCAGACCUUGUCCAGGAAGCCAGUAUGCUCCAAGUUAAUAUGUUUAAACAAGACUCUGAUAAUGUCAGCAUCCCCGUCUCGCACAUUGACGAUGUCCUGGAUAUGGUGGAUGUCCUAAUUGAGGGCAGUGAUGGCUUAGAUGAAGAAAUUGGGUUCACUUUAAAUGAAGACAUGAUUAUCCAAACAUUUCCAUUCAGUGCUGUUGUCCCUGCUGCAUUAGAAGCCAGGAAUAUACUGUUGCUUCAGACUGAAAAUGGAACAGGAGCACACAUUGUAGAGUAUCUUGUUGCUGUUUUCACUGACCUCCUGCACUCUCAGAGAGAACCCCUCGCCCUCUGCUUGAUGUUCCAGCUCUAUGAUAAAGAUCUACAGUCCCUGAAAGUUUCUAAGUAUCCUCAGCUCUACCAAUUUAACCAGUACUACAAACUCUGGAUACCCCAGCAAUCUCAGGAACCUGUGUUUAAAAACCACAAAGAGAGAUGCAAAGAACCUGCUGUGGCCCUGGAUUCUGUAUUUACCACUUUGCUAAAGAAAGCCUAUGAGAGAGGAAGCAACACCUUACUGGAAGAGGAUAUCCAGACAAAAUUGAGAGACUUAGCUUCCCAGCUCCCACCUGAACAGCUUUUGUUAGGAGUAAAGCAUGUGUUGCUAUACCUGAAAUCCACAGUGGAGAACUUUGGCAAUCUUAAUAAAACUUUUGGUCCUCACCUUGUUGACCUCUAUGUGGACCUGCUAAGCAGCAUGUUGUGCCGGGGAAAUCAGAUAGAGUUGAAUAAUCAGCAGAAACGAGAAGAGCAUCAGACUGAGUCAGAUCUCUUUAUGGAUGAGGAAUCUCUGAUUACAGAGGAGUCUUCAAAUGACAAGACACUAGAAGAUAUGCUCAUCUUGAUUUUCAGACAUCCUACGCUGGAGAGCUGGUUCCUGGCUUUAGAACAACGUUCUCUUCCUCAGCACAGUUUAAACCCUGUCACUGUGAAGCUCCUGUCAGCUCACCUCAAUUCUGGCGUGCUCCAGCUUUUGAAAACGGGUGUCCCGAUGUUGCAGAGCACGAAUCACAAAGAUGUGGUAUCGAAGUAUUUUGAAGCUAUCACAAAAAGCGUCUUGAAAGAGCUACAGGCUGUGGGGAAAGAGAGAAGCCAGGUCUCUCCCAAGAAAUCUUACCAGCUGGAGGCUCUGGAGGAGUUGCACAUGUACAUGGCUGCAGCUCCGCUGAAGGAGAUCACUUUAACCAUGCUGCAACUUCCUGAGAUGAGCCUGACUACUCAGAAAUCUGAAAAAUCCCCUAAAAAAGGGAAGCAGUUGAGCUUCUAUGGACAGAUUUUGGUGCAGCUCCUCACAGAGAGCUACCAAAGGCAGCCCCAACAAGGAGAACUACUGCUAUCCAAAGAGCACGUUAAAGCUUUGGGGAUAUUGAUGUCAGCAUCAGCCAGCAAAGAUUUGGAGAAAGUUUUCCUUCAGGCUCUCCAAAGCGAGCCAGUCCUUGCACGCGCAGUCAGUGUAGAGGUGCAUGUUCACUGCCUUAACCAGAGAUCAGAAACCUCUCUUGCCAUUGUGGGCAUGCUGAUAAAACACUGUAGGACUCACCUGCUGCAGUUCGAGCUGUGGUGUCUGAGCAGUGCCGGUGGAAAAUACCUCAGGAGAAACAUGGAGAGCUUUCUUCCACUCAUUGAUGUGUUUUUGCAAUGCAGAGACCAGUAUGAUUUCACCCGACCUUCCGCAG